AUGUUCACUAUUCAUGGAUAUAAAAAUGGCCAUUAUGUACCAUUAGUUUUUUGCCUAAUAGUUGAUAAAUCGGAACAUACAUAUGCAUUUGUGUUUAAAAAAAUCACCGAAAAAUGUUAUAGUCUUGGAUUACGUUUAUCACCGUUAAAAUGUGUGGUUGAUUUUGAAUAUGCGAUACAUAAAGCAAUAAAAAUUGUUUGGCCAAAUACGGAAAUAAUUGGAUGUAGGUUUCAUUUAACCCAAUCAUGGUGGAGAAAUGUGCAACAAUUUGGUUUGGCUACACACUAUAAAGACCAGUCUUCAGAUGUCGGUAAGUGGAUACACUACACGUUUGGUUUACUAUUUUUAAAUCCUGAAGAAGUAGGUGAUUGUUUUGUAGAAGAUUUAAUGAGUGACUGCCCUGAAAAUGAAAAAUUACAAAAGUUCUGUGAUUAUUUAACUGAUAACUAUAUAUCCGACGAAAGUAUGUUCCCACCAAAGCUUUGGGCAGCUGAAUCAUCAGUUAAUCAGAACAACAAAUGUAUGCGAGUCCUUUCACUCAUUUUUUAA